AUGGAUAACAUUAUUGAUCCAGCAUCAGAACAAGGUUGGUUUGUGCUUUGUCAUACAUUGCUUAUCACAUAGCAGUAGCUAAAUGUAGAAAAAUGAUAUGUCAUGACUCAUUACAUUUUAUUUAAAACAAAUUUACAUAACAUGGAUCAUUCAAAGAUGUCCUAUAGUGUACCUACACAUAGCUUGUAAUAUUACUAACUAGCUAAGUUACUGAAUCAGUUGAUUUUGCAUGUAUUAUUUGUUUAUCUGUUUAAUUGUUAAUUGCUCUCAUCACUUCGGUGACAGGUCUCCCUCUGUUCUCCUUGCGUCUCCUGGUUCCACCUCUACGCCUGAUGUCCGCUUUCAUGUGGCAAGUGACUCAACAGCGUAAUGUGAUGCAGUAUGGGAAGCUGGAGGAGUUUGUGACCUUGGUGACGGAGAUGGUUCCAGAGCUGCUGAGCUCCAGGCAGAGGACCCAACUCAUCCUGGGACUUAGAGCAAGGGUGAGAGAGGUGGAAAUGUUGAGGGUUGGGAUGGGAUGGGAAGAGUCUUAUGAUGGAACGAACGAUGGGCAGCUACUGGCUGCAAUUACUGUACAUCUGUCCCUAGUCCUGCUUUUCACAUAUCCACCACUUUUCCAGCUGGUUUUAGAGUUGUGUCGCAGUGAGGGCACAGCUGACUUCCUGACCGUCCAGGCCCACCUGGACAUAAUCCACACUUUGACAGAAAAAUCCUUACACAAAGAGGUAGGUUAAAUUGGUAACACUUUAUGAAUGAGACACUGGAAUAACUUUAUUUCUGAGAGAUGCACUCCUGUACCUUUGUCAGAGGUUUUGUUUUCUUGUGCCUAAUGACAGAGUCAUGGUGAUGAAUUGGAGGCUUCAGAUUCUAACUUUGUGGAGCUGGUUCAAACCCUGCUGGAAGACCCUUCUGAGAGGGAGCAUUUCUUCCAGGUGAGGAACUUUCUCUCUAGACUUCUUUAUGAUCCUAUUGCUUGAGUAUAUUUCUGAAAUAGGCUACCAGUUGAACAUCAUCUACUUAGAUUAAAGAUUAUAAGUAUACUUCGUCUGCAUUCAGAAUACCCUAAAGAUCUAAAACUCCUGAGUGGCGCAGUGGUCUAAGGCACUGCAUCGCAGUGCUAACUGUGCCACUAGAGAUCCUGGUUCGAAUCCAGGCUCUGUCGCAGCCGGCCGCGACCAGGAGACUCAUGGGCGGCGCACAAUUGGCCCAGCGUCGUCCAGGGUAGGGGAGGGAAUGGCCGGCAGGGAUGUAGCUCAGUUGAUAGAGCAUGGCGUUUGCAAUACCAGGGUUGUGGGUUCGAUUCCCACGGGGGGCCAGUAUGAUAAAUAAAAUAAUGUAUGCACUCACUAACUGUAAGUCGCUCUGGAUAAGAGCGUCUGCUAAAUGACUUAAAUGUAAAAUGUAAAUCUUGUUAAAGUGGCACUCCAGUCUCCUUUUCACAUAAUUUAUCACCUAAUUUACUUAACAGAAGGCACAUCUCAAAAGAUGGUCUAGGUAUGACAUGACAUGGCACAAGUGGGGGGGUGUGGGCAGGGCCUUUUUAUUUGAUGUUUUUUGCUCCUCCAUUAUUCCCACAAGCAAGGGAGGAGGCUGAUGACAUCACAUCAGACCAAUUCAACUCCUUGAAUGGCCUACUCCAUGAAGUUUGUAGUUGUCUAAAAAACACUAUUAUUUAUUUAUUUUACCCUUAAGUGUGUGCAUAUUACUGUACUUGAGAUACUGUUUCUCAUCAGGAAAAGUUCCAAAAUAGCUGGAGUGCAUCUUUAAUGGAGACAUUCGGCACUAGACCCAUUUCAUGCUAAAUAGUCUACUUCACAGGAGGUGUUCCCAGUCCACUAUGGCCCUCGGUAUGACACAGCGCUGCAGACACUGGUGUGGGAGUUCCUCUCCAGACUGGAGGAGCUGCUGCCUGUACCAGACCUUGCACAGGUACUGAGGAAAACGUCUGUUCUAAAAGAUUGACGGAACAUGGCGUCAUGUGGCUCUACAGAUGAAUUGAAUGGUGUUUUUGGUCAUUUCAAAACUUGUCUAAAACCUCAAGAGGCUGGUACAACAUAUUUGAACUCUUUAUUAUCCUGUAUUCCCCCUGCCCUGCUCCUCUUAGACAACAGCAUGGCUCGGUGCUGCCCCCUCUGUCCUGGAGGAAUGUAGACAGACUGUCAUUGACCCUGAACAACUGAAGACAGUGAUGCAGCACCAUCAGCGUCAUGGAAACCUGAACAAUAGUAAGGCCUAGAUUCAAUCAGAUCAACUGUUAACCGGCGAUAGCAGACACCCGCAUAGCGGAUGUUUUGGCGGUGUCAGAGGUGGAACUGUGUUGGAGCCGUCAUAUUGGUGAGAAGCUGCUCUUGCAAUCAUUGUCAUGAAGCCACACCAGUGCAGCCUAUAUAGAUAUAAUUACACUCAAAUUGAAAAAUCAUUAAACUAAAUAAUGAGGAUUUCUAUCACCUUAAUCGAUGUGUAGAUUACAUCUCACAUUCCAGUGUUCAAACUUGUAAACAAGGUUGCAUGGGAUUUUUGUUAAUGCGACUCCGUGAGGCCAAUGGCAAUGUCCGUUUUAGGUGUAAUGCUAGGAGUCACUUGUGGAUUUGACAGCUCUAACACAGUUCCACCUCCGACCGCCAAAGGAAGCACUAUGCGGAUGUUGGCUAAAGCGGAUCAGAUUGAAUCGAGCCCUAUGUCAUCAUCCAGAUGAUGGAUAUGAAGUACAGAGUCAUAUAGGAUACCUCUUGUCGUUUUAACUUGGCAAUCUAGGUGAGUUUAACUGAUGUUCUCUCCUACCCAGGUCAUGUCUGUAAAUACAUUGCAGAUACCAUCCUGUCCACACUGUCCCUCCCUCCAAUAGUCAGAGUUGUUAUUAACUACGAGCCAGACAACUCUGACAAUGUGAAGCCAUGCUCAGAUGAAGAUGAAUGCAUAGAUAAUGGGGUAGAGGUCUGGGAAUAUGAAGACAACAAUGAAAUCCUGGAUGAUGACACUGAUAGAUGUUUGGAGGAUCUAGGACUGUCAACAUCAGAGCAACAGGAGGGUAUAUCACCUGCAGAGACCUCAGCGUUGGUUACUCCAGGACCCUGUGAUGGUAAGGAAAAUAAAAAAGGUCAAACACUCAUCCAUUGUUUAUGACUAAUAAAGUAUAUGAAUUACAAUGAAUAUACUGAAAAAAAUAUUAACGCAACAAUUUCAACGAUUUUACUGAGUUACAGUUCAUAUAAUGAAAACAGUCAAUUUAAAUAAAUUCAUUAGACCCUAAUCUAUGGAUUUCACAUGACUGGUCAGGGACGCAGCAAUGGGUGGGCCUGGGAGGGCAUAGGCCCACCCACUUGGGAGCCAGGCCCAUCCACUGGGGAGCCAGGCCCAGCCAAUCAGAAUGAGUUUUUCCCCACAAAGGGGCUUUAUUACAGACAGAAAUACUCUUCAGUUUCAUCAGCUGUCUGGGUGGCUGGUCUCAGACGAUCCCGCAGGUGAAGAAGCCGGAUGUGGAGGUUCUGAGCUGGCGUGGUUACACGUGGUCUGCAGUUGUGAGGCCAGUUGGACAUACUGCCAAAUUCUCUAAAAUGACAUUGGAGGUGGCUUAUGAUAGAGAAAUGAACAUUCAAUUCUCUGGCAAUAGCUCUGGUGGACAUUCCUGCAGUCAACAUGCCAAUUGCAUGCUCCCUCAAAACUUGAGAAAUCUUUGGCAUUGUGUUGUGUGACAAAACUGGCCUUUUAUUGUACCCAGCACAAGGUGCACCUGUAUAAUGAUCAUGCUGUUUAAUCAGUUUCUUGAUAUGCCACACCUUUCAGGUGGAUGGAUUAUCUUGGCAAAGGAGAAAUGCUCACUAACAGGGAUGUAAACAAAUUUGUGCACAUAAUUUGAGAGAAAUAAGCUUUUUGUGUGUAUGGAACAUUUCUGGGAUCUUUUAUUUCAGCUCAUGAAACAUGGGACCAACACUUUACAUGUUGCGUUAAUAUUUUUGUUCAGUGUAUAUAUAUAUAUAUGGUGGUUAUGUAAUCUGUUCUCCUGUAUUUUCUCCUUACAGAAUUGAACUUGGAUCAUUCUCUCAACGUAGUGGUGAAUGCUGACGAACCAUCCCAGGUUCUUACCUGCACCCUCUCUCCAUUCUCUCACAGUGAAAUGGCCAACCUCUGCAAGGACAUCAAGAUAAACCAAGUAGAAAAGGACAGCAAACAGGUUGACAAGAAAAAAGAGGUGGUCAGAAAGUUUGACAAAAAGAGGGUGAUCAAACAGGUUGAUAAGAAAAAAGAAGGAUCCCCUGCACCCCAAAACAGGACUCAUACAUGUGAGUGUGGGAAGGUUUUCAAAAAACCAUCACUGCUGACGCUACAUAUGGGAGUUCACACGAUGCCAUAUCAUUGUGACCAGUGUCCCAAACGAUAUGCUACUCCUGGGGCUCUGAAAAAACACCAGCUACUUCACACAGAAGAAAGACCAUUUGCAUGUGAACACUGUGACCGGAGGUACAGGAGUGCUUAUGAUCUUAAAGUGCACGUACGCAGUCACUCUGGGGAGCGCCGUCACAUGUGUAUUAUCUGUGAGAAGAGGUUUGCCCAUCCGAGUACACUAGUGAGACACAUGCGAAUGCAUGCUGGGGAGAAGAAUUAUUUAUGUAGCAUAUGUGGUAAGGCAUUCCUUAGCUCAGGAGAAGUGCGGCUCCAUACACGAACACACACAGGAGAAAACCCCCACACCUGUAAACAUUGUGGAAAGGGUUUCAAAGCAUCUUGCCAUCUUACGGUUCAUCUGCGCUCUCACACAGGCGAGCGUCCUUACACCUGCACCCAAUGCCCAAAAUCUUUCACUACCUCAGACUCCCUGAGAACGCACAUGUAUACUCACACUGGGGAGAAACCUCACCAGUGCUCAGAGUGUGGGAAAACAUUUACUCAAAGGUGUAAUAUGGUAAAUCAUAUGAGAAGAGUUCACCGGUUAAGAUUCUCCAAAAGCACUCCAACAGAAAGAAACACAGAAAGUCUCCUAAAAAUGCUUUGA